UUUUUUUGUUGUCAUUGCGCAGUUGUCAACAAAUUAUAAUUAUAACAAAUUAAUUUUUUUUUAUUAAUUCUAAGAACGUUAUAAAUACAAAGACAAAAUUAAAUGGAUAGUAAUAAUGGACAAGAAAGCAGAGAAACUGUUUCGGAAAAAGAUGCUGCUGCUACUUCAUUAUUAAAUCAAUUUAUUUUGGGGCAACUGAAAGAGAGACAGUGUUCAAAUGGUGAAAUAAGAUCUCAAAAUGGAUUCGUAUUACCUAAGUUACAAUUGGGAAACGCAAAGCCUACAAAUUUCGUGAUUCCGCCGCUGAAAUUAUCUCAUGCAAAUGGAACACUAGCGUACAAUGCCAAAGUGCCGCCAAUAAUAAUUUCCCGCAAGACAACUGAUGAAAAAACAUCAGGUGAUGGUAUUGGAGAAAUAAGUAGUGGUGUAAACAAUAUGCAAGUGAAUGACUCAGAAACUUUGGAAACAAAAAUUCCAUCUACCAUCGAUCUUACUACAGCAUUGAGCUCUGCCACAGGUAUAAUUGUGAAGAGUAAACAGCGAGUUUCGACGCCUGCUGAAGAUUUCCAAAUACCUUUUAUAGAGUGUGAUCGACGAGAAAAGCCUAUUAUAUUGCCUGUCGUCAAUAACUACUGUCAACUGAGUACAUAUGACAAUUUCUUGUGCAAGGGCAAAGUGCUGACGGCGCCUUCAUCGUGUGGGCGCGUUAUUUGUCUCAACUACAAACGUAUUCAUCCCCUGCCGAAAAUAAGUCACAGUUUUAAAGUGAAGCAUAAAAUACAGCGUUUUCGUUUCGAUACUAAAUCGCCAGAUGAUAUUAUAUUGGCUACAUUGAAUAAGUACCACCGACAAUAUUGAUGAAGACGAACUUCUAGUCUACCAAAUCUGUUAAAACUUGGAGGGAGGAUUAUACUUUUGUAGAAAUUGACCGUCUGUAACAUUAAAACAGUGUAUAAAAUAAUUUAAUUAGAAUUAUGAAUACAAGUUGAGAUACUUUAAAAAAUCAAAAAAAUAAUUAAAAAAACAGGAGGCGGAAAACGCCCACUUCGUCAGGUUUUAGGAUUAAGCAUUUUUGCCUUCAUUCUUUUACUAAACACUUUUUUGCAUUUUUGGCUUCAAAGUGAGAUAUCACCAAUAAAAAGAUGGCAAUAUCAGGUUGCCGAUAUUCAUUUAUUUAUGUCCUAAA